AGUCGGGAUGUCGCGGCGUUCCGCUCCUAAGGCUUCCGCAGGCGACAUUCUCGCUGAGUUAAGAGCAGGGCUCGGGCUCCUGGCAGCCAGGCGGCGUCGGGCCGGGGCCGCAGUGCUUCGGUGGGUCCAGAACGGCGGGUCCCACUCACUGCCUCUUCCCCCGCUUGGUGCCCGUUUUGAGAGCAAAAAUGAAUGUUGGAGUCGCACACAGUGAGGUAAAUCCAAAUACCAGGGUAAUGAACAGUCGUGGUAUGUGGCUGACAUAUGCAUUGGGAGUUGGUUUGCUUCAUAUUGUCUUACUCAGCAUUCCCUUCUUCAGUGUUCCUGUUGCUUGGACCUUAACAAAUAUUAUACAUAAUCUGGGAAUGUAUGUAUUUUUACAUGCUGUAAAAGGAACACCUUUUGAAACCCCUGACCAGGGGAAAGCCAGGCUGCUAACUCACUGGGAACAACUGGACUAUGGAGUGCAGUUUACUUCUUCACGGAAGUUCUUCACAAUUUCUCCAAUAAUUUUGUAUUUUCUGGCAAGUUUCUACACCAAGUAUGAUCCUACACACUUCAUCUUAAACACAGCUUCUCUCCUGAGUGUGCUGAUUCCCAAAAUGCCACAACUGCAUGGUGUUCGGAUCUUUGGUAUUAAUAAGUACUAAAUUGAAAAUGUGAAACAACCAUUCUGACCAAAACUUUGUGGCUACUGCUUUUUCUAUAAGGAGGAAUAGGUAGCAUGCUAUGCCGUUUACAUUGUAAUGUGCAAUGGGAAGUUUUUACAUUCAAGGUCUAAUACUUAUUUGUAUGCUAUUUGGAAAAGCAGAUUUUUAUGAGAUGCCUCUAAGUGUUUAACAAGUCUGCUAAAUUUCUGCAGAAGUUUUCCAGGAGAGCAGGGCAGGCCCCGCUCACAAAUGAUUGACAGUACAGUAAGAGAAGAAAAGCUCUGCACAUCAACACAAGAGUCUUGAGGAUAGGAGUAGCUUAGUUUAAUGAAAGGGCACUAUGUAGGAAGAGUUAUCCAAUCAGACACAGUCAAGUUGAAGUACAUUUAUAUUUGGAGCAGAAUUGCCCUGUAAAAAGGUCAAAUGUCCUAUACCUAAGACAGCCAGCUCUUUUUUGUUUUACAAAUGUACUCCUUGUUUUUGCUGGCUUACUGUCUUAUGUCUAGACCUGGUCAGUUCUGGAUGUAUUAGGGGACAGAUGUGUCCUGGUGAUGUACUUCAAACCUCAUUAAUAGGUAUCAUUGUGGCUUCCUGCAGUUUUCUAGCGAGUCUUCAGAUAUUAAUUUAGGGAAAAGCAAAGUUCUGCUGAUGUUUUUUCUGUUUUAAAAGGCUGCUAAUCAUUUUUGGAAAAAACUAAUUUGAUUCCAGGCAGUCUGAAGCAUAAUGUGUAAUUCUCUGAUUAUCUAGUUGAACCAUUUAAUGGUUAAAAUCUCUUAUCUGGAGGAUAGUUA